CAAUAAUACUUCCAUUCCUUGCUGAACAAUUUACAAAAAAUAAUUCAAUAUACACAAUUUCCUUUUUACCUUUCUCCGUAUAAUAUUAUAUCAACAGGUGAUAAAACCUUCCCCGCCAUCAAUUGCAGUCACAAGAGUUCUUCCACAACAGUGCAGUGGUGAUUUGUUAUUCCGAUCAAGUAAAUAGUUUUUUUCUCAAAAAUAAAAAAAUGUCACAAAAAUUGACAGCGAAGAAGAAAGACUUCUCGAAGAGUCUGUCGAGGUACUUACGAAGCGAUCAAGACGAGAUACGAGCAGAACUGGAAGCAAUGACAGGUUUAGAGUAUAACCUUCACGGUGAGGGUUCCGAGGAGACCAGCGAUAUUUCAUCCUCCUCAAGGAGAACAAGAUCGAUAAAGCACCAGAAGCCUGAAAAAAUAAUGGAGCAAGACAGACCCCUUCCCCGAGUGGAGAUGGAGAGCCAAAUUCCAUUUUACUCAUCAACAGCACCAGCCAGAGAGCUCCAGAGAAUAAUCUCCCAGCCAGGAGGAACCAGCGAGGAUAAAUAUAAAAUCCUCGAAGCCAGGGACAGAUUGAUGCGACUGAAGCAAGUGAAAACCCACACCCUAGAGACCGCCAAGAAAACUCGAGGCACAUGUCCAGACAUGUGUCCAGAGAAAGAAAGAUUAAUGCGAGAAUUUCAAAGACAAGUAGCAUCCUACGAGCAAGUCGAUACCUCAGAGUACAGAAUCUGUCACGAGACAGCUGUUAAGCAGUACUCAAGAUCAUCAGCUGAUCAGGCUGAACCAAUGCCUCAUGAUCUCCGUCCAAUCGCAUCUCUCAAGAUGACGAUGAGUUAUCUCCUCCACGAAAUCGUCGACCUGUGCAACGAGGAGGGAACAAAUCUAGCUGAGUGGUAUCACUUCGUCUGGGACAGAACCCGGGGAAUAAGAAAAGACAUCACCCUCCAGGACCUCUGCUGUCUGGACACUGUUGAACUCGUCGAACAGUGCGCGAGAUUUCACAUUGUCUGUUCAGAACGUCUCUGUGCAGAAGAAACAGCCGUAUUCGACAAAAAAAUCAACACUGAAAACCUGACAAAAUGCCUCCAAACAUUGAAAUACAUGUACCACGACUUGAGAGUCCAGAGGAUAACAUGCAAAAACGAGGCAGAAUUUCGUGGCUACAUCAUUUUAUUGAACCUAGACAAUACGAACUUCAUGUGGGAACUCAAAGAAUUACCCAAGGCUAUUCAAACUUCUCCAGAAGUUAAAUUCGCCAUCCAAGUGUUUUCAUCGAUUCAGUCAAACAAUUACGCGAGGUUCUUCAAAUUAGUGAAGAGGACAACCUAUUUGAAUGCUUGUCUCAUGCUGAGGUAUUUUUUUCAAGUGAGAGUUAAGGGUCUGACGGUUAUGGUGAAGGCCUACUGCAGGACGACAUCCACUGCCUAUCCAUUGUACGAAUUCAUCGAUAUCUUGGGGUUUGAUGAUGAGAAUGAGGCAAUUGCUUUCUGUGAAAAUGCUGAGUUGAAUAUCUCGAGCGAUGAGCUCAAUAUUAUCUUGAAUAGGCAGAAUGUGAACCUGCCACCUCCUGUGAUGGAUGAGGGAAGGGCUGUGAGUCUCGUUGAAUCCAAAAGAAUAAAGAUGGGGUAUUCGUAUGGGCAGGCUAUAGCUGGGGAAGUCAUGCCAGAGCAGCUGUAUAUAAAUCAUAAGCCUCAUAAUAGUUUUGAUGCCCAUGGGUAUUUAACGGCAGAGGCGAUUAAUGCUAGUGAUCAGAAUUAUGGGAUCAUUGAAGAAGAGGAAGAGGAUCCUUACGAGUACAUGGAGAAGGACGUGGUGGACCCACCACCUCCUCUGAGACGUAAAACUUUUGGGUUACGAUUGGGGGAUGAUAAUGAAGAGGCUGGUCAGGAUGAUGAGGGAGUUGAGGAGGUUGACGAGGUCGAAGAGGUUGAAGAGGGAGUGGAGGAAGAAGAAGAAGAAUAUGAGUAUGCCGAUGAGGGAGAGGAUGAAGACCAUGAUGAUGUGCCAACGACAAAAGCACAGAUAUUUUCAUCGAUUUCUUCCAAAGCUGGCAAUGUCUUCAGCAAGAACUUCAAAUUCUCGACUGAUAAUCGAAGUCAGGAUUCCAAAAUGUCGAUAGGUUCUCCAUUCAUAUCUCAGUCAGAGGAGAAGAAUUUAUCGAGCGGUAAAUCCGAAUUUUCAUUUGCUGCUGUUCUGCCACCCAGUAUAUUUGGAACUAGCGAGGGUAAACCAGAUAACUCAAUUUUCGCGGGUGCAAGCCGAGGGAGUAUAUUUGCUAAGCCAGCCCCAGUUUCCACUCCGUCAGUCAUCUCUAGUGCUGCGGGUAAUCUGAAAAAUGAAAAUUUAUUCAAAGUUCCUCAAUCAACGUUAAAGGAGUCACCAAAGAAAAAAAUACAAUCAGGCAUUGCUGAGGAGAAGAAAAAACAGGGAGAGGAGGAAUUAAGGUACAAAUCUCUGGCGUUAGAGGAACGUCUUAAAGAAAUUGAAGCGGAAAUUAAACGAUGUGAGAUGGUGAUUGAGAUAGAAGUGAUUCAUGAUAUCUGCUCGACAAUAUUGAAAGAAGAAAUUGAGAAGGCCAAGGUGUUCGAGAGACUCAGUCAAAAAGUAGCGGAUGACGUGCUGAAAGAGGUCAUCCAUGAAGAGUGCAUGAGAGCCCUUGAUAAAGAAUUAUACAUCCAGAAGCGACUCCAGGAGGUUGCUAACAGAAUCAGAGACAGAAUGGUGUUGAAAUACUACAGAAUUUGGCAGCGAAAUUCCAUGAAAAAACGAGAGCAGAGAAAGGCUCUGGACAAUACGCCAGUUUGGCUACCUAGAUACUCUCUCGACGCGUGCGCCAAGGAUCUUUAUCGUAAGGAUCAGGAUUUGGUGAUUCAGAGCAUGAGAAGAAGAUCAAAUAGAACAGAUAAUGAUGAUAAUUUAAAAUACCUCAGUCCAGUGGAAUUGAAAAUCUACUCGGGACUUAAAGAGAAUGCAAAAACUCUGGAUACAGACCCAACGCCCAUAACGUUCUGGAAGCUAGUGGUAUCAUGGCCCUUGUUAGAGGACAGAGUUUUACUUUGGAGGUACAAGAAUAUUAUGAAUCAGUAUCUGUGCCCUGGAGACUACCGCAUGGAUCCGAUUAUCAAAACGUACAAACCGAAUCCCUACGAAACAAUGAAUAUUUGUAUCAAACAUUGCGAAGGAAUCGCUGGUGAAGAUGAUGUUGUAGGGAUGGAUGCACUUUUUUUUAUUGCCAUGACUGACGAAAAUCCUAAGGUUGUCGCACGAAGACUCACCAAGACGGUUUUAUCGAGGCAGAAAUUGAUGCCCAUCCCUCUUGUUUUUAUUGUCCUCGGGGACGAUGGAGGCAGAAAAGAAUUAGAACCGAAAAAAGAAUUGCAGAAUCUAUUAAAAUCUGAAUAUAUUACUGAGUAUACUGUGCACCAUGAGAAGGUAAUGGAUGAGGAGAACAUUUUGAAAUUGACCCAGACUGCUCUCCUCUGGCUGAGUUUAAACAGAUCGACUUCAAUUCCUCUCGAGAUGGACUACUUGAAGAAUGUCGUUGACAACUGCCUGACAGAUGAAUUGUGGCUGAGGAUAUCCGGGCAUGCACCGUUCAAUGCAGUUCUAAAAGCUGCCACUACCGAUCCUAAAUUCAUUAUAGAUCUCCAUAAUGAAGCUGUUAAUCGACUGAUGGAUGUCAUUCUGGAUCCCGAAAGCUUGAUGUAUACAGAUUUUCCAGUGGAGUUUAAGUCGCUUCUGCCAAAGGACUUUGAUUUGCCUUGUAGUUAUGAGUACUUUGAGGAAGACUGGAAGGAUGAGGAAAAUAGAGGUAAAAUGGAAAUAAUUCUCGAAAGUUUCGUCCUGCCACCUUGGCCAUUCGACUGGCCGAUUGACAAUGCAAUGGACCUCCACAAAUGUGUCAUUCGUUAUUGCAAUUUAACCCUAGGCAAAUCAAAUUAUGAAGACAUAUCUUGCAGCAUCCUGAGUAAUAUUUUUUUCAUGUCUGAUAGUAACAGCAAACCGAAUUUCGUGCAUGUUCUCACUGAGAUAGUCAAAGCAAAAAUUCGACUGCUGGAUGAAAAUUUAUCAGUCGUCUACGAUAAGAACCACAUUAAGAUGUUCAGGACGUUGCCUUGGUGGUUCAAGUCGAACAUCUUCUUAAUCUACAAAGCCCAGAUGAGUUUUCCACCUGGGGAAACGUAUGAGACAUCUGUGACCAAGAGAAGGCGUCUAGAGGAAGAGGCGAACAAGCAGAACCAGGAGAUAUCGAUGGUCAUUGAGGAAUUCGAUAUUACUUCUGCUGUGGAAAGUCGAGGGAUUAAUAAAUCAUUAUUCGAUAAGAGCAAGAAUCUACGCUCAGAGGCCCAGAUGAUGACUGACAAAUUAGAAACACUUCUAGAGGAGCAACGGUUAGCCAAUAAAAAAUUUGAGGAGAAACUGAAAGCUGCUUUGCGAAGUGAACAGUCUGCCGAUUUUUGAUUCUUUAUAAUGAUUGAAAUCAGUAUUUAUGCAACGAGACAUUUUGUUAUUAACGGAAAACGAGAUUGAUAAGUUGACAAGUUGUAAAUGCUUGCAACAAAGCUUAUGAAAUCGUUUGUGAUAUAUUUUUGACGGAUCAUAUGUACUGUAGAUUUUUUAAAAUUUCUAUACUCUGCUUCAGACGAAAUCAACAUUGAAGGAUUCAGUAUGGUUACAUGAAUCGUUUCAAUUACUCUCGAAAUACCCAGUGUACAAAUGAAAAAAUAUAAUUAAUAUCCAUGAAA